CCACGACAGGCGUGCCUUAGCUGCUGCUUGGUAGCAGUGAAGCUAUAAGGCAUAUGUCAGAUAUAUGUGCGAUCAGGAGUACUUGUGAAACGCUGUAGGGUGCUGCCGCAGCCAACCGCCUCCAACGUCGACCGGGACAGACGCAGCAUCAGACUCACAGUCAUGCUGAAGCUCUUUGGAUCCCGCAUCCGGGCGGACGUGAUUCUUGGCAUUCUGUUAUUUCAUUUCCUAUCCUUCUUCGCGUCCGUGACGGCAUUGAGCAUUACUUCACACCCUGCACAAGUAGUCAACAAGACGUUCACCCAUGUCGUCGUUGGAGGAGGAACUGCAGGAUUGGCUGUGGCGAGUCGUCUCGCGGAGGAUUCCCGUUUUUCUGUCCUCGUUAUCGAGGCCGGCCCAGAUGAGCAGAACAACACUAUCAUCAAUGAUCCUGCUCAGACUACGCCCGCCACCAUGAGUUUCAGCUGGCAGUAUCAGACCACCCCGCAGACCGUGGGAGGCAACGUCCUCACAAUAUUCCAAGGGAAGCUUUUAGGAGGCAGUUCUUCUGUGAACGGCAUGCAAUGGACGCGUGCGACGCUGGAUCAAUAUGACUCUUUCGGGCGACUUGGGAACACGGGGUGGGACGCGGAGACCUUGUUCCAGUACAUGCAGAAGUCAGAGGCGUUCAUCCCUCCAUCUCCCGACCAAGUUUCUCUAGGGGCCACGGCUGACCCUUCCGUUCAUGGCACCUCCGGGCCCGUUUCAAUCUCCUAUCCACAACCGUACCUCGCCACCGAGACCUUCGGAGCUUAUAUCGCCUCCAUGAUCUCUGUCUUCUCUUCUUCGCCUCCCCAAUCGUCCUUCUCGAACAAUACGACGGAAGCCUCAUACACCCCACUCAAACAAAUCCUUGACCUCUGUACGGGUGCGCCAUUAGGUCUCGCGCGGUUCUUCUACAGUUUGUUACCUGGAAGAACACAGAUCCCAGGAGGAAAUAGGCGAACGAGUAGUGCGUGGGGUUAUGUAUAUCCGUUCCUGGCAGAGCCUGAGGUCAAAGAGGGCUUGACGAUUUUGGCGGGUCAUCAGUCGACGGGUAUUGUAUGGUCCUCGGGAGGAAAUCAGAGUGUAGCGACGGCUACGGGUGUCAAGCUCGUUGCCACGCCUGCUUCGACUAUCAUUGGGGAUCCUCUCGCGAAUGAGUUCACAGUCGCUGUGAGCGGGGAGGUCAUAGUUGCUGCUGGAGCUCUCGGCAGCCCUCAUUUCUUAGAACUGAGCGGAAUUGGCAAUAAAACGAUCCUGGAACAAGCUGGUAUACCCGUCAAGGUUAACCUCCCGUCUGUCGGCACAAACCUGCAAGAUCAGCCUCUCACAAUCUCCUUCUACGCCAUCAAACCUACCCUACCAUCUAUCUUCAAUGAUACUACCAAUGAAAUUGGCGACGGCUCCGUAGGCUACCUCUCACUCUCCCAUAUAAUCGGCUCCGACGCUGCUGCGAUCGCCGCUGAGGAAUUGUUAGCGAGCGUGACACAAAGGGCAGAAGAGAUCGUCGGUAUGGGUGGGUUUUCGAGUGUCGCCGGGAUGGAGAAGGUGUUGAAGGAACAGGCGCAGGCGAUUGCGAGGAGCGAGACGCCGGUGAUUGAGAUGUCGUUCGCCACGAACUUGAUCCAAGGAGCUUUUGGCCACCAGAUCUGGAAUCUACUACCACAGUCACGAGGAACGGUCCAUCUUCAAUCCUCCUCGCCGUUCGUUCUUCCCCAAGUCAACCCUAACUACCUCAUCACCCCCUUUGACCUCUCCCUACACGUCAACGCCACAAAGCUUUCCCGUCAAAUCUUCGCCACAUCACCGCUAUCCGAACUCGUCGAAGCCGAACUCUCUCCAGGCCUCGUCGCGGUCCCACCAAAUGCCUCUGAUGCGACGUGGCAGAGCUUUGUGGAGAGCGGAGUGACGAGCGUUCAACAUCCAGCGGGAACUGUGCCUAUGCUGCCGAGAGAGGAUGGUGGGAGUGUAGAUGCGAGGUUGAAAGUUUAUGGGACGGGGAAUGUUAGGGUUGUUGAUUCUUCGAUCAUCCCCGUACAAAUCAGUGCUCACUUGAGUGCCACGGUAUACGGCAUAGCGGAAAAGGCAGCAGAUAUGAUCAAGGAGGACUUCUUAGACGGCGCCUGA